GUUGUGAGGUUCCGAGCCCAGGGGAGGGGGGGCGGAGGUGGCUCCUUCGAUCUAAGAGGACUUGAGACUCACCGGCCGUGCGACAUGAGGGCCCUGUGGGUGCUGGGCCUGUGCUGCGUCCUGCUGACCUUCGGGUCUGUCCGCGCUGAGGAUGAAGUGGAUGUGGAUGGGACAGUGGAAGAAGAUCUGGGUAAAAGUAGAGAAGGUUCCAGGACAGAUGAUGAAGUAGUACAGAGAGAGGAAGAAGCUAUUCAAUUGGAUGGAUUAAAUGCAUCCCAGAUAAGAGAACUUAGAGAGAAAUCAGAAAAAUUUGCCUUCCAAGCUGAAGUUAACAGAAUGAUGAAACUUAUCAUCAAUUCAUUAUAUAAAAAUAAAGAGAUUUUCCUAAGAGAACUGAUUUCAAAUGCUUCUGAUGCUUUGGAUAAGAUAAGGCUAAUAUCACUGACUGAUGAAAAUGCUCUUGCUGGAAAUGAGGAGUUAACGGUCAAAAUUAAGUGUGACAAGGAGAAGAACCUGCUCCAUGUCACAGACACUGGUGUGGGAAUGACCCGGGAAGAGUUGGUUAAAAACCUUGGUACCAUAGCCAAAUCUGGGACAAGCGAGUUUUUAAACAAAAUGACAGAGGCACAAGAAGAUGGCCAGUCAACUUCGGAACUGAUUGGCCAGUUUGGUGUUGGCUUCUAUUCUGCCUUCCUUGUAGCAGAUAAAGUUAUUGUCACGUCAAAACACAACAAUGACACCCAGCACAUCUGGGAGUCUGACUCCAAUGAAUUUUCUGUAAUUGCUGACCCCAGAGGAAACACCUUAGGACGGGGAACGACAAUUACCCUUGUUUUAAAAGAAGAAGCAUCUGAUUACCUUGAAUUGGAUACAAUUAAAAAUCUUGUGAAAAAAUAUUCACAGUUCAUAAACUUUCCUAUUUAUGUAUGGAGCAGCAAGACUGAAACUGUCGAGGAACCUAUGGAAGAAGAAGAAGCAGCAAAAGAAGAAAAAGAGGAAUCUGAUGAUGAAGCUGCAGUAGAAGAAGAAGAAGAAGAAAAGAAACCAAAAACUAAAAAAGUUGAAAAAACUGUCUGGGACUGGGAACUUAUGAAUGAUAUCAAACCAAUAUGGCAGAGACCAUCAAAGGAAGUAGAAGAUGAUGAAUACAAAGCUUUCUACAAAUCAUUUUCAAAGGAAAGCGACGACCCCAUGGCUUAUAUCCACUUCACUGCUGAAGGGGAAGUUACCUUCAAGUCAAUUUUAUUUGUACCCACAUCUGCCCCACGUGGGCUGUUUGAUGAAUAUGGAUCUAAGAAGAGUGAUUACAUUAAGCUGUAUGUGCGCCGCGUGUUCAUCACAGACGACUUCCAUGAUAUGAUGCCCAAGUACCUGAACUUCGUCAAGGGCGUUGUGGACUCAGAUGAUCUCCCCUUGAAUGUUUCCCGUGAGACUCUGCAGCAACAUAAACUCCUUAAGGUGAUUAGAAAAAAGCUUGUCCGUAAAACUCUGGACAUGAUCAAGAAGAUUGCUGAUGAGAAGUAUAAUGAUACUUUUUGGAAAGAAUUUGGUACCAACAUCAAGCUUGGUGUGAUAGAAGACCACUCAAAUAGAACACGUCUUGCUAAACUUCUUAGAUUCCAGUCUUCUCAUCAUCCAAGUGACAUUACUAGUCUAGACCAGUAUGUGGAAAGAAUGAAGGAGAAGCAAGACAAAAUCUACUUCAUGGCUGGGUCCAGCAGGAAAGAGGCUGAAUCUUCUCCAUUUGUUGAGCGACUUCUGAAAAAGGGCUAUGAAGUGAUUUAUCUCACAGAACCUGUGGACGAAUACUGCAUUCAGGCUCUUCCUGAGUUUGAUGGGAAGAGGUUUCAGAAUGUUGCCAAGGAAGGAGUGAAGUUUGAUGAAAGUGAGAAAAGUAAGGAGAAUCGUGAAGCAGUUGAGAAAGAAUUUGAGCCUCUGCUCAAUUGGAUGAAAGAUAAAGCCCUCAAGGACAAGAUUGAAAAGGCUGUGGUAUCUCAGCGCCUGACAGAGUCUCCAUGUGCCCUCGUAGCCAGCCAGUACGGAUGGUCAGGCAACAUGGAGAGAAUCAUGAAAGCCCAAGCCUACCAGACGGGCAAGGACAUCUCUACAAAUUACUAUGCCAGUCAGAAGAAAACAUUUGAAAUUAACCCCAGACAUCCACUGAUCAGGGACAUGCUUCGACGAGUUAAGGAAGAUGAAGAUGACAAAACAGUUUCAGAUCUUGCUGUGGUUUUGUUUGAAACAGCAACACUGCGGUCAGGAUAUCUUUUACCAGACACUAAAGCCUAUGGAGAUCGAAUAGAAAGAAUGCUUCGUCUCAGCUUAAACAUUGACCCUGAUGCAAAGGUGGAAGAGGAACCCGAAGAAGAACCUGAAGAAACAACAGAGGACACCACAGAAGACACAGAGCAAGACGACGACGAAGAAAUGGAUGCGGCGGCAGAUGAGGAAGAACAAGAAACAUCAGAGACAUCUACAGCUGAAAAAGAUGAACUGUAAAUUAUACUCUCACCAUUUGGAUCCUGUGUGGAGAGGGAAUGUGAAAUUUAAGUCAUUUCUUUUGGGAGAGACUUGUUUUGGAUGCUCCCUGCCCCCCCAGCCCCCUUCUCCCCUGCACUGUAAAACGUUGGGAUUGUGGGUCACAGGAAGAAGUGGGUUUUUUAGUUGAAUUUUUUUUAACAUUCCUCAUGAAUGUAAAUUUGUACUAUUUAACUGACUAUUCUUGGUGUAAAAUCUUGUCAUGUGUAUAAAAAUAAAAAAGAUCCCGAAUA